AUGCAAGUUGCAUUUGCCCAGUCAAAUCUGGCAGGACGUGCCAAGACUUGGGCACUGGGGCUCAAGUUGCACGACCCAUAUGCGUUUGGGUCGUUGGAAGUCUUCAAGUCGCGGCUCAGACAAACGUUUGAACCGCCUAGAGCUGAGUUCAGGGCUCGAACCGAACUCUUGAAGCUCAAACAGGGUAAGCGUGAUGUGCACGCUUACGCGCAACAUAUACGACAUCUCAUGAGUUGUAUAAGUUCCAAUCCGGUGGAUGAACACACGUUGGUUUCGGUGUUCAUGCAGGGUCUUGCGGAUGGUCCCGUCAAGACUCACCUGUUCCGGCUUGAACUAGAUUCACUAGAACAAGCCAUUUCCAUUGCGGAGCAGGAAGACUUCAGUCUGAGACAGGCUCGCGCCAGCUCGACAUCAUAUCGUCAACCGAGACGAUAUGACAGCGGAGGUCCAGAGCCGAUGGAACUCUGUUAUGUAGAGAGCGAGAAGGCUCGCUCUACAGACUACAAGAAGUUGCAGAAAUGCAACAGAUGUCAGAAGACAGGACACUACGCUUACGAGUGUAGUGCCCCUCGUCCAGUGUCUCGCAACACUGGGCGUAGUGACCGUCCACCCAUGAGAAAGGGGCGGGGACGCGGGUCCGCUGUUGGUGCAAAGACGCAACAACGGGAUGGACUGUCAAAAAACGGACAGGAUCAGUAG